AGUCUCUGUGGCGAUCGCCUCUGCUUGCAGUCUUUGGCUUCUGCUUGUCUGCAAAGCGAUUUGGAGCUGCUCUAUCCUCUGCCUGACUGCUGUCCUCUCGGCGCAAGAGGCCGCUCCGCCAUCAACCACCGCCAUGCAUCCCAUCGAUCCUCGUCUGACGACCCAGGAGGCCUUUGCCCUCAACGCCGCCGCCGUGACCCGCAAUUAUGCCAUCGAGCCGCGACUUGACUAUCGAACCGUCGCCGGUGUCAACGGCCCACUCGUUUUCUUGGACAAUGUCAAGUUUCCCAAGUUUUCGGAGAUUGUCAACCUGACCCUUCCUGACGGCACCAAGCGAACCGGACAGGUCCUUGAAGUCGUUGGCAAGCGAGCCAUCGUUCAGGUCUUUGAGGGCACCUCGGGUGUCGACGUCAAGAGCACCCACGUCGAGUUUACCGGCGAUGUCAUGAAGAUUCCCGUCUCCGAGGACAUGCUUGGACGCGUCUUCAACGGUUCUGGAAAGGCCAUCGAUCGCGGACCCAAGGUCUUUGCCGAGGACUACCUCGAUAUUCAAGGCCAGCCUAUCAACCCUUACUGCCGUAUCUAUCCCGAGGAGAUGAUUCAGACCGGCAUCAGCGCCAUCGACACAAUGAACUCGAUUGCCCGUGGCCAGAAGAUUCCGAUCUUUUCCGCCAGUGGUCUGCCCCACAACGAGAUUGCCGCCCAAAUCUGUCGCCAGGCUGGUCUGGUCAAGAAGAUCGACAAGGGCGUCCUGGACGGCCACGAGGACAACUUUGCGAUUGUCUUUGGCGCCAUGGGUGUCAACAUGGAGACGGCGCGCUUUUUCAAGCAAGACUUUGAGGAGAACGGCUCGAUCGAGAGAGUGACUCUGUUCUUGAACCUGGCCAACGAUCCCACCAACGAGCGCAUCAUCACCCCGCGUCUCGCCCUGACCACGGCCGAGUACUAUGCCUACCAGCUCGAGAAGCACGUGCUUGUUAUCCUGACGGAUAUGUCCUCCUAUGCCGAUGCCCUUCGUGAGGUCUCGGCUGCGCGUGAAGAAGUGCCUGGCCGCCGUGGCUACCCCGGCUACAUGUACACGGAUCUGUCGACGAUCUACGAGCGAGCCGGUCGAGUUGCCGGCCGAAACGGAAGUAUCACGCAGAUUCCCAUUCUGACCAUGCCUAACGAUGACAUCACCCAUCCAAUUCCCGAUUUGACCGGAUAUAUUACGGAGGGCCAGAUCUUUGUUGAUCGACAGCUUCACAACCGCCAAAUAUACCCGCCCAUCAACGUCCUGCCAUCGCUCUCGCGUCUCAUGAAGAGUGCCAUCGGCGAGAAGCUCACCCGCAAGGACCACGGCGAUGUCUCGAACCAGCUGUAUGCCAAGUACGCCAUUGGCAAGGACGCAGCAGCCAUGAAGGCCGUCGUCGGCGAGGAGGCGCUCAACCAAGAAGACAAGCUCUCGCUCGAGUUCCUCGAGAAGUUUGAAAAGACGUUCAUCGCCCAGGGCUACUACGAGGGCCGAACGAUCUUUGAGUCGCUGGAUCUGGCGUGGUCGCUGCUGCGCAUCUUCCCCAAGGAGAUGCUGAACCGCAUUCCGCAGAAGGUCCUCGCCGAGUUUUACCAGCGCGAGCGCAAGGCCCCUGGACGAGGCAACGCGGCUGAGGCUGCGGCUGAGCUGGCUGCCGAGGCCAGCAAGUAGCGGAUCCGCAGCAGCACGGGAGGUGUGGAUGUGGAUGUGGAUGUGGAUGUCGGUGUGGCGUGGCUGGGCGAGAAGGGAGAAAGGAAAGGAAAGGAAAGGAGGGCAGAAGCGGAAGGACGGAUGGUGCGAAGAAGCAUGGAGGGUGUGCGUGUACGAUCUGCACAACGCUGUGCCGAUGCUGUCUCGGCCUGUUCUGCUCUGCCUUGGCCUGUUCUGCUCUGUCUCGGCUUGACCCGACCUGGCUGUGUCUUGCUUCGUCGCUGGCUUUGAUGUUUCCGCUGCGGCGCUCGUUUUGUUUUCGGGUUCGGGCCUUCGAUUGCGUUUUCCUGUUGGCUCCCGCUUCUUGGUAACAAAUUGAUUGACUGAAGAGC